AUUCAAAGACAAAUCAAAACCAGACUUCUAAAUCUCCAUACACUUCCUUAUAAGCAACCCCCUACAUACCCUAUUUAUCAACACAGCAGGUGAAAGAAGCUACUAAGGAAAGAGAACCCUCCAUGAAGAUUGACAAAGAGUUUUGUCACCCAAUUCACCCACAACACAAGCUAAGGCUUGAAUACACAGAGAUUCCAUUCAACUGCGAUGGGUGUAAGGAAGCCGGCAUUGGCCUCAAAUAUAAGUGCCAGCAGUGUGAGUUCGACUUGCACAAGGGAUGUGCCGUGGCAUCACCCAGCAUCACUCAUCCCUUCUACAACAAAUGCGAGUUUCAGUUCUACCAUCAGCCCCCUGGCUCAGUUAUGAGGAUAUGUGAUGCAUGUAGAAAGGAUGUCCUAGGUUUUGUGUACCAUUGCAAGAGAUGCGGCUUUGAUCUGCAUCCUUGUUGCGCGAAUCUCCCCCAGGUGCUAAAUGAUGGGGAACGUAAUCUUUAUCUGUGUCUCAAGCUCUCAAGCUCAUGUCAUCGGUGUGGGGGCAAAGGACCUGGUUGGUCUUACAGGUCCCAGUGCAAGAACUAUAAUCUUCAUGUGUCGUGUGUUAAGGAGAUGCUUGUGGAGAGCUGGCAAGCCAUGUCUCUCAAUGUGGACAAUAACAAGGUUACGGAGCUGCAGACCAGAAUCCCAAGCCUUAAGGGGACACAGAGAAACCCUUACAUGGAGAGGGGAGGAAAGGUGAGGAAAAGCUAUCAGAUGGCUGGCAAUGCUGUUCGUGUUAUUGCCUCUGCCAUCCUUGGAGAUCCUACCGCUAUAAUAGCUGCAGUUGUUGGGGGUCUCAUCUCCAAAUAAAAACCGUUCAUCAAAUAAAGCCUGCAACUACGCUUACUACUGGGUGUCACUGACUCACUGGUUAUUGUUUUUUUUUUUCCUUCAUAAUUUACUCAUUGGUUAUUGUUGCCGUUCCUGGAUUUCCUUUUUAUUGUUUAUUAUAUCAAUAUCUUAUAUGUAAAAUAAAAUUAUGAUUGCUUCUGGGACAGGGUCCUCAAACUGUAACCUGUAUGAAUGUAUAUGAUAAUAAAGUCACUUUGUUAAACUUUGUCUA